AUGGCCACGGGGGCACACGACAGUGGCAUGGGUGCUGCAAUGCCUACAGAUGCUUCACCCGGGACGGCCAAGAUGCCUCCGCCCGAGAAGCCUGCCGACGUGCGAAGGAGGCCAUAUAUUAUCAUGUCGUUUUGGCUUGUAGUCCUACUCUUAGGUCUGCCCAUUUGGUGGAAGACGACGACAAUUUACCGAGCCAAUCUCCCUAUUGAAGCCAUGCUGCGAUGGGCAGAUGGCAAUAUCUCAGUCGAGGCCGAGUCGAUGUCGCAACCAGAAGCUCAGCACUUAGUUCACUUGACGCAGCAUGCUAUUGACGACCUCAACGACUUCUCUGGCCACCACCUGCGUCUCCAGCUCGCUUCGUUCGAACAGCCUGACGAUGACACCCCACCAGCUUUGGCCCUGCGCCUCCGUCCCGGUGACGACACGACCUCUUCCCUCGACCCGCACACGGCCGCCCUCGAUGUCACAUAUCUCCCCGCGUCGGUACCUUCACUGAGUGCUGGCUCGUCCCCGCUGGCAACAUACGUGGCUAACCAGCUACGCACCACCUUUGCUGAGGAGCAGUCCAUCAUUGCCUACCUCUUGUCUACGUCUUCGACAGCGUCGCCGGGUGAGCAUCGGCCCGAGGCCCUGACACCGACAGCCAUGGAGGCCUUGUCUAAGCGCACCACUCGAUCCCUCCGCUACGCGCCCACUUACCACCUCGCCUUCUCCCUCUUUACCGACGGACCUAGCCCCAACACGUGGGAUGUCCAAGGCGCUCUCGACCGCUACAUCCGCCCCGUCCUUGACAUGCUCGGUCCCAUACAUAACUUUACCGUCGACACGCAGCUUCAGCUGUAUGCUACACCUGGCGUGCAGGAGCAGGUCCUCAAAAAGGAGCACCUGGCUUCGUUCAUCAACGCUGCCGAGUGGCCCUUGUCGCCGUCUAUUGGCGGUGCCCCGACCGUCAACUUUGUCAUCUUUGUCGGUAACCAAACCAUCGGCCUGGACUCGGGCGACGGCACAGAAGUCCGUACGUCGCAGUCCUGGAUGAUCCCCCAAUGGGGCACCGUCUACCUGCUUGCCCUACCGCCUACGAUUUCGCAUGUUGCCGUCGACACAUUGCGCCAGCCCAUGCUCACAUUUGCAGCCCACCUACUCACCCUCCUCGGCACGCCCGAGUCCGGGUCCCUACCGCUCCGUCUUUCUACAUUGGGCCGUGUGCGCUCAGCUGACCUACUUCUCCGCGCUUCGUCGACUCUGGGCUCCCUGGCUCGCCUCUCGCUCGCUCUCCCGUCUAUGUCCAUUCCGCAGACUGUAGCAGACGGUGUCGCUAUGAGCAUGCAUCAUCUUGAGCUGGCGUGUGCCAACCUGGGCGGUCCGGCCGGUCUAUGGCACGCCCGCAUUGCAGAGGACGAGGCUGAGAGGGCAUUUUUCGAGAAGAGUAUGGUUGGACAGCUCUACUUUCCUGACGAGCACAAGGUAGCCGUCUAUCUGCCUCUCUUGGGUCCCGUUGGCGUCACUCUCGUCAUGGGACUGGUCAAGGAGGUCAAGAACUGGGUGGCAAAGAGGAAAGAAAAGGCCCGUGAGGCCAAGCAAAAGAAAGCAGAAUAG